CAAAGAAUCCGAAACAGGCUCCAGGCUCCCAGCUGUCAGCACAGGGCCCGACGGGGGGCUCGAACUCACAGACCGCGAGAUCAUGACCUGAGCUGAAGUCGGAACGCUCAACGGACUGAGCCACCCAGGCGCCCCUCGGUUGCCUGUUUUUUAAGCCAAAAUGACACUGAUCGCUCGCUUCAGUGUCAGGAUCUGGGUUUGAAUGACCCGAAGCCGUUGCCAGCAGUCUAGUCCAGUAGGCCGUUCACCGUCCCCGGGAAUGGCCAAGAGGACCGAGGUGGUUCCGAAGGAGGAAGGGCCGUGCCACACUGAGCCACGGCAGAGGAGACAGGUGAGCCUUCCCUGGUGACCUGAGAGGGCGAGCUCUCAGCCCGGAGUAACCUCUGACAGGUUUGAUAGAACCCCAGUCACGUGACGCUCGGGCUGUCUCUGGGAGUCGCAGCACAGGGCAGGACACAGGGAGUGUGGGAGUGCUGACGCCCCCGUGGGUCUGGCGGCAGAGGGGCCCCACAGAGCCGAGAUGUGAGUCACGCGCGCAUUUCCUUCCAUUCCAUGGGCCCCGGCUUGUCAGGCCCUGGGUAAGCCGGCUGCCUGCCAGGACACCCUCUCUCUGGGUCGUGAAAGGUGCCCCCCUGGGAGAUUUGCCGGGGCUUGUGCCUCCCCACUGCGGCUUGGGCCCCGCAGCCCUUCUCUGGGCCUCUGGUUCACUAGUGAGCCAGCCUGGGGCCACUGGGGGGGAACAAGGGCAAGUGGAACUUCAUUCGCUUUUUCCCUUCUCUUUUGGAUCGGAACUUUUGCGUCCUGUUUUUAUGCUUUUAGUGGUUACCUUCGCAUUGUUGGCACUCGUAUUUGACCUAACGAUAACAGAACUUCAGCAGCUAGUCAUUCGUGUACCGAUAAUGAUCGAGUUUCCCUACCGUGUGCCAGGCACUUGUCCGGGUGCUGGGGAGACAGCCGGAACCAAAAUUUCCGCCCCGAGUACCUACCCACCUGGACUGUUUCUACUCUAACCAUGCCUUUAAGAGCUUCCAUUUUGUUUUGUAUUUUCAUUUCAGCCUGUUUUCAAAAGCUCCCAAAUUAGCUGUUUGUAUAAGGUUUAUUGUUGCUGUUUGACUUUUUAAAUUAAAAAAAAAUUUUUCUUUUUUUUUGCAGUUGUUAUUUAGAUUUAGCCGUAUAGUUACCAGUUUCUUUUCUAACAGUUAGUUGCUUCUUGCGCCCUACGCCUUAGUUUUGGAUUUGGGUUCCUUCAUGAAAUGUGUCUUUAAGUGGAUCUUUCAGUCAGGGACUAUUAGUAAACAUUCAGGUUUUGUUUGCUUCAAAGUAGAUCGUGCCCUCUCUUGAAUGAUAAUGUAGAACUUUAGCACAAGAGUUCUUUUCCUCAGCACUUUACAGAGAGCGUUUCAUGGUUUUCUGGCCUCUAUUUUCUGUUUUCUUCAAAAGAAGAGGCUGCUGUUUAUCUAGUUGGUACUUCUUUAAAUUUUUUUAAUGUUUAUUUUUGAGAGAGAGAGAGAGACCAAAUGCAAGCAGGGGAGGGGCAGAGGGAGAGAGGGAGACACAGAAUCCGAAACAGGCUCCAGGCUCUGAGCUGUCAGCACAGAGCCGGACGUAGGACCCGAACUCUGGAACGGCGAGAUCAUGAUCCUAGCCGAAGUUGGACGCUUAACAGACUGAACCACGCAGGUGCCCCUAAUUGUUACUUCUUUAUAGAAAAAUUGGCUUUUACUGUUUUUCUCUGUAUCUUGGUGCUUGACAUUUUUCAUUGUGAUGUGCCUUGUGCAGACUUUUUUCUGAUUUACUCUUAGAAUUUGAUAUGCCCUUUCAUUCUGAGGACUCGUAUGUUUCUUUAACUCUAGAAAACGUUCAGUCAUAUCUUUAAAUACCGUGUAGGUAGACCCAACCCACUGUAAAUUGGAUGCUUUUGACUCAAGUAACAGAAGCCUCAAUGAAAAUAGAUCUCAAAGUCAUUUUAAGAAAUAUGUUAUUUCACAUUAAGUAGAUUAAGAUAUAUUAUUAAAAUGUGUAUUUCACAUAACAAGAGGCCAGGAUGCAGUGACUUGAGCAUCUGUUAAUCCAGCAGCCCAAGGAUCCAGCUCUCUGCUGACUUAGCAUCUGAGGAUGCCAAGAUGGCUGCCUUUGCUCUGUCUGUGCUUUCUUUGCCGUUAGGGCCAUUAGGAAAAGAUUUUUCUUCCCAAUGUCUUUGUGAGAUCAAAGCAGCUUUUCCUAGAUAUCCCCAUCUCCACCCUGUUUAUCCCCAGACAUCUCUUUCCGACUUCUUUGUCAGAAUUGCAAGGACAAAGGACACAGUGAUUACUUUAGACUUACCGGGAUCUAGCUCCCCAAACUGGGGAUGGGAUCAACCUUCUGAGUCACUGCGAGAAGGAUUGGACACCAAAACGAAGUAAGAGGUCUGCCAGUGAGGAGAAAAACCAGAGUGGUUGUUGGUCGUCCGGCAUGCUCUGCCCACCGCACGCCGAGGUGCCCUGACCAUGAGCCUCAACUCCUCCCUCGGCCAUGGGAAGGAGCUGAGUAACCUCACAGAGGAGGAGGGUGGCGAAGAGGGAGUCGUCGUCACCAGCUUCGUCGCCAUCAUCAUCAUCACCGUGUUCGUCUGCCUGGGCAACCUGGUCAUCGUGGUCACCUUGUACAAGAAGUCCUACCUCCUCACCCUCAGCAACAAGUUCGUCUUCAGCCUGACCCUGUCCAACUUCCUGCUGUCCGUGCUGGUGCUGCCUUUCGUGGCCACCAGCUCCAUCCGGAGGGAAUGGAUCUUCGGCGUGGUCUGGUGCAACUUCUCCGCCCUUCUGUACCUGCUGAUCAGCUCGGCCAGCAUGCUCACGCUGGGGGUCAUAGCUGUCGACCGCUACUAUGCUGUCCUGUACCCCAUGGUGUACCCCAUGAAGAUCACGGGGAACCGUGCCGUGAUGGCGCUCGUCUACAUAUGGCUUCACUCCCUCAUUGGCUGCCUGCCGCCUCUCUUUGGUUGGUCGUCGGUGGAGUUUGACGAGUUCAAGUGGAUGUGUGUGGCUGCGUGGCACCGGGAGCCCGGCUAUACCGCCUUCUGGCAGAUCUGGUGUGCCCUCUUCCCCUUUCUGGUCAUGCUGGUGUGCUAUGGCUUUAUCUUCCGCGUGGCCAGGGUCAAGGCGCGCAAGGUGCACUGUGGCACCGUGGUCAUCGUGGAGGAGGACCCCCAGAGGGAUGGGAGGAAGAACUCCAGCACCUCCACCUCCUCCUCCGGCAGUAGGAGGAACGCCUUUCAGGGCGUGGUCUAUUCGGCCAACCAGUGCAAAGCCCUCAUCACCAUCCUGGUGGUCGUCGGUGCCUUCAUGGUCACCUGGGGCCCCUACAUGGUUGUUAUCACCUCUGAGGCCCUCUGGGGGAAGAACUAUGUCUCCCCGACCCUAGAGACCUGGGCCACGUGGCUGUCCUUUACCAGCGCCAUCUGCCACCCCCUGAUCUAUGGGCUCUGGAACAAGACGGUUCGCAAGGAGCUGCUGGGCAUGUGCUUUGGGGAUCGGUAUUACCGGGAGCCGUUCGUGCAGCGGCAGAGGACUUCCAGGCUCUUCAGCAUUUCCAACAGGAUCACAGACCUGGGCCUGUCCCCACACCUCACGGCGCUCAUGGCAGGUGGACAGCCCCUGGGGAACAGCAGCAGCACCGGGGACACCGGCUUCAGCUGCUCCCAGGACUCAGGGACAGAUGUGAUGCUGCUCGAGGACUACACGUCGGAUGACAACCCUCCCUCCCACUGUACUUGCCCCCCCAAGAGGAGGAGCUCGGUGACAUUUGAAGAUGAAGUGGAACAGAUGAAAGAUGCUGCCAGGAACCCUAUUUUGCACGUGAAAGCCGAAGUGCACGAGUCCCUGGACAGUUACGCAGCCAGCUUGGCCAGAGUCAUCGAGGCCGAAGCCAAAAUCAACCUGUUCGGGGAGGAGGCUUUGCCAGGGGUCCUGGCGGCCGCGCGGACCGUCCCAGGGGCCGGCUUCGGGGGCCGCCGAGGCAGCAGGACUCCGGCGAGUCAGAGGCUGCAGCUGCAGAGCAUCGAAGAAGGGAACGUUUUGGCUGCGGAACAGAGAUGAGAGCCCGGGGUGGACCGUCUGUCCCGCGGGGUCGCCCGGGGACAGAACACCUGAGGUGUGGCCAGCAGGAAACACCGAACGGCGUGUCUCGUGAGGCCGCGCGUGGGCACCUUGGAGGUCCUGGCGAUGGGACCAGCGGCGUCUGAGGCACGAAGGAAAGCGGACGGAGGUGUGGCCAGGACUUUCCGGGAGGUGGGGCGUAGAAGGGACUAGAGACCGGGGCUGGGAAGGAAACCACCAGGUGGCUGACUCCCUCUUCCUGACCCGGGCGCCCGGCAGGGAUCUCAGACAGUGAGCCCUUCCCAGCGCGCUUCGGGGGACAGCACGUCCUAACCACGCGAGACCAGCCCCCGGCGUCUGCGUGGUUGAUGCGGACCCCGUGGGACUGGGGUUCUGCACUGAAUGGUCCCCAGAGGAGACCCUGGAGCAGGGCCGGUCAGAUGGGAGUUCCCACACUUCCAUCCCGGUCGUGACCUUGCAGUCCGCAUGGAGCCACCUGCUGGUGCCAGUAGGGACGAUCCACAGGCCCCCUCCUCCGCCCCGGGGCGGAAGCAGCAGGCCUGAGGCUGCUGUUGCUGAGAAUGGGGGCCGUUCUGCCUGCCUCUCUAUUGACUGAUUCUUUCAAAAGAAGGGAAAAACCACUGUCAAAGUCACGA